CUCCAGAACCAUAGCAUUUGCAGCAGAUAUCCGGCUGGACGAAAAUGGUGUCGCUCAAGUUGCAGAAGCGGCUUGCUGCUAGCGUGUUGAAGUGCGGCAGAGGCAAGGUUUGGCUGGAUCCCAAUGAAGUCAAUGAAAUCUCCAUGGCCAAUUCUCGCCAAAACAUAAGGAAGUUGGUUAAGGAUGGCUUCAUUAUCAGGAAGCCAACUAAAAUUCACUCUCGAUCUCGUGCUCGGCGUAUGAAGGAAGCCAAGAGAAAAGGACGCCACUCUGGAUAUGGUAAGCGCAAGGGUACGAGGGAGGCAAGGCUUCCAACUAAAAUCCUCUGGAUGAGGAGGAUGCGUGUGCUCAGACGCUUGCUUCGCAAGUACAGGGAAUCCAAAAAGAUUGACAAGCACAUGUACCAUGAUAUGUACAUGAAGGUGAAGGGUAAUGUGUUCAAGAACAAAAGAGUUCUGAUGGAGAGCAUACACAAAUCUAAGGCUGAGAAGGCAAGAGAGAAAACGUUGUCUGACCAGUUUGAAGCCAAGCGUGCCAAGAACAAGGCAAGCAGGGAAAGAAAAAUUGCCCGAAGAGAGGAGCGCUUGGCUCAGGGUCCCGUAGAAAAGGCACCAGUAGCGCCACCUGCUCCUGCUCCCCAGCCUGCCCAAGUAUCAAAGAAAUCCAAGAAGUAAGUCAAGAGUCACGUAUUCGAAGGUUAGAAGGAUUUUGAAUUACCAAAGGCCCUGACGUCCUCAGUUACUGUGCUAAAAAUUAGUUUUCUGGAGUCUCCUUUUGUUGCUGUAGAACCUUGAACAGUAUUCUAAGUUAAAGCUUU